CGUGCGUCGAAGCCGCCGAUCGUGUGCCGCGCGCGUGCGCUUGUUGGACGGUGCGUGCAUCUGUGUACGGUGUUGUGCCCGCUAGUCCGGUACCGCUUUCACCGAACGGAUUACGAUGUUUUCCUUCUUCCAACGUAGCACCCGGCACAGCGGAACGCUCCGUACCCUUUCACGGACUGCCUGCGACCUGUGAAAACACAAACACAAGGGCAGCGGCUCGCCAGAAUCAACGGUGAGUCCGCGGUGCUGCUCGGCGCCUGACGGAGUCAGCGCCCGGACUCGUUACUAAGCCUAACGCCGCCCGUCUAACGGCCCAGCGUGGUUUGCGGCCGUCGUCCAGCGGUUCGCCGAUGUGGCGGCCCACGCGAGGAGACACUGAGUGGCGGCCGGAGGAGUGGACAACGGCUCGCGUAGCAUGAUCAUCGCCUGCCGGACAUGCCUUCCAUCUGGAGGAGCCUCAUCGUGCUUCUGGUGCUCGUCAUCGCCGUCCUGCAGGUGGUGCACAUCGCCCUGCUGUCUCGGCUCGAGGCCCGCAAGAGCCGCGGCGCAGUCUCCGGAGGCGACGCGUCGCUGGCGCAGCGCGAUGCCUUCGAGGACCGGAGCCAGAUGCUGGCCGCCAUCCGGCGCAGCGCCGUGCUCGACUCCAGCGGAGAGUUCCACAUCGUCAACUUCCUCGCGCGCGCCGACAGCCUACUCGGUUCUCGGAACCACGUGCGUCCGGACGUGACCCUUGUGACGCAGAGCACGGCCAACCACCUGCACUACCUAGUGGCGCUGAGCGAACGCUGGCGGGGACCCCUGGCGGUCACGGUGUUCGCGCCACGGUCGCAACUGUCUCUAGUCGUCGAGGUGCUCGUGCAACUACGGCGAUGCGUGCCCGCUCUCAGGUACAACGCGAGCUUCCACCUGGUCUACCCUCUCAAGAGCCCCGGUUCCCACCAACCGCCGGACGGUUCCAACCUGCUGCUGCCCGAUGACAAUAACAGCAGCGGCGGCGGCGGCACAAACGCCGUCGAUGCUGCUUCCAGUUCCUCCUCGCCACUCGGAGGAACUAUGUCGUGCGACUCGGUGGCCGCGAGGCUCCAGCGCUCGGUGCCCGGACCGGAGAACUACGACCUGGGCGUGUCGUAUCCGGUGAACCUCUUGCGCAACGUGGCUCGCCGCAACGCCCUCACCGAGUUCGUCAUCGUGCUCGACGUCGACCUCCUGCCCAACGACGGCCUGCACGCGCAGUUCGUGGCGUUCGCCCGGGACAACCGGCUGUUCGUCGACUCGCACCGCGACGACAAGACCGUAUACGUGGCGCCAGCAUUCGAGGUUCGCGAGGGUGUUCCCUCUCCGCGGGACAAGGCUUCCCUUCUCCAGCGCGUGGAGGCGAUGGACGCCCGGCCCUUCUACCUGGAACUGUGCUGGAAGUGCCAGAAGCACACCGACUACGAGGCCUGGCAGCGAGAGCCUCCCGGCGACAAACUGGCCGUGCUCUUCGAGGUCCUCUGGCGCGACCCCUGGGAGCCCUUCUACUUCGGUCGCAACUCGGCGCCCUUCUACGACGAGCGGUUCCGGCAGUACGGCUUCAACCGCAUCAGCCAGGUGUGCGAGUUGCACGUGUCCGGCUACAAGUUCUCGGUGCUGAACAACGCGUUCGUGGUGCACCAGGGUCUCAAGACUGCCGCCUCCUUCCACCGGAACAAGGACGCCGACCAGGAGCGCAACCGCGUCCUCUUCCGCCAGUUCAAGCUAGAGCUCAAGGAGAAGUACCCGGACUCAUCCAGGCGAUGCUACUGAUCGUCGUCGCGGCCAGUAC